AUGGCGACGCUCUGUACCAAUGUGGAAGAUAUUAUUCAGCCUCUGCAAGAGUCUUUAGUCUCUUUAGGGUUUGAAGUUUAUCCUUUUAAGAUUGGAUGGUACAAUGCAGUUGUUUCCCAGGCCCACCAGCUCCAAUAUUCUCCAGAUACACUGGCACUGGUGGUCCUAAGCACCCCUUCCAUGUUUGAGAAGGUGUUUCUGCCCUUCCUCCAGAGCUGCAGCUGUGAGGGCAUCAGAGAUCCUAUAGAUCAAUGUGUAUCUGAUGCCAUUAACUCCUGUGUAUCUAAGUGUCUUCCUGGAUACUGUGUAAACAUCAGUUUUGACUAUGAGAUGCUACCCAGCAGAAAGCCCAAGUUUUUGGCUCAAACUGCCGCCCACGUAGCAGGAGCUGCACGCUACUACCAGUCGUCAGACAUUCAGGAUCCACCAUGGGGAAACAAGAAAAUGUUUGGCGUGUGUAUUCAUCCUCGGCUGGGUGGCUGGUUUGCUAUUCGGGCUCUAUUGGUACUAAAGGGUGUAGAGGUGGGAGAGGCUCUACAGCAGACAGAUCCACCAGACUGUGUUAGCUCACAAGAGGCUAGGAUUGAGCUGCUGGAAGAGUUUAACCUGCGCUGGCAAGACUGGACCUUCAGGGACAUAAUCCAUACUGAGGAGCAAUACUCAGCUCAGCAGAAAGAGUACUUUAAUACACCUCCAGCCGAGCGAGGGGCGCUGCUCAGGCGGUGGGGCUUUCUUCCUGAGACACCGACCACAACAUGACUUGACCCACCAAUGUCAUCAAUGAAGUUAUGAUUAUUAUUAAAAGCUGCUGUAAAAUGUGGUCAUGGCCACACUGGAACUGGCAGUUUUAUGGCAGAAGAAGCUCUAAAUUGUGGUUCACUUAUUAAAUUCGCUAUGAUUACCAAAUACUACGGUUAAUUUCCCCAACUAAUUCAGAUAAUAAGAGCUAAUUUCCCCCCCCACAACCAGUACUAGUAAAAAAGUCAUUAUUUCUGAUGGGCUGGCACAAUAUGUUUGAAUAAUGAUUUAUACUAAAAUAAAUUACAUGUUUUUUAACAUCUACUUGGAAGAGGGGUACACUGGAAAAUCAACAGAACAGCAUCAUUAAGGUUUUAUUAAUGUAUAUAAAUAUUGUUCUGUAAUAAAAUUUAUCUUUAUCACA